AUGCUCCGCCUAGCUCAUAAUCCAUCUCAGCAACUGCACGAUUUCCAGUUCAUUUUAAUCCAGAUUCGCAGAAUAGAAGAUGAAGAAGUGAAUCGAGAAGCAGAAGCUGAGAGAUUGAAGGAUUACUUGGGGUUGAUUCUCGAAGCUUACAAUCGCAUAACGCUGUUAUUGCUUACAAACCCCCAGCGAACUACUCUUUUGCCAUACGUGCUCAUUCGUCCUGAACACAUCUCAGUGGCGCCAACGGAGCUUGUAGUUGCCAUUAUUGUCGUCACACACUACAAUUCACUGCCAUCGUCGAAACUCAAAGGUAUAGAUCUGUGUUUAUCUUUUUAUAUUGUUUCUGAAUUUGAGAAAUAUGUUGGGUGUUUGUGUAUGAUGGAACAUAUUACGAUUUUUUUCGAAAGUGGAUAG